AUGGAAAUCCGGUGUUGUUUGUGUCUUGAAGGUACACGAAUAAUUCUUGAAGAUGAACCGGGUAGGCAACCGGACAGCAGCUACAAAUGCUUACAAGGCACAGUACAUGUGAAGCGUGCCUGCUUCUACGUGGCAGUUUCGGCUCUCGUUUUGUGCUUAUUUUCGACGGGUUGUAUAUUUUUUGGUGUGUAUUCGGUAAAUUUAUGGCUGGAUAUUGCUCUAAUCUUGCUGAAUGCUGUCGUUGCGAUUUUUGUACUUAUUGGAUUGUACAGUAAUAAAGCAUCCUUCCUCAUUCCAUUUAUCGUCAGUGAGAUCGCCCAGUGCAUUGGGUUCUUCAUUCUUGCAACCUAUACAUUAUACUAUACUAUUGUGAUAAAACGACAGCGUUUCUAUCAGAAGUUUGAUCAGAUUCUAAUGGUCGUCUCUAUAUAUGUUGGUAUUAUUGUAUGUGCUCAAGCGACAUGGGUGACAACACGAUGCUACCAUUAUCUUCGCUCACGACAGAUGCUUACGGAUUGCAAUGACGUGACAUAUUCUUUUUGGGAAUAG